AUGACAUCCCGCAUUAGCAGCAAGUCGUCGCCGAUUGUCAUCGUCGGCGCGGGCGUCUUUGGGCUAAGCACAGCCAUCCAUCUUGCUCAACGCGGCUAUACAAAUGUCAAAGUCUUAGACAAGCAGACGUACCAUGAGACGGAGUAUUCUUAUGAUAAAGGGUGUGACGCUGCAUCCGCUGACAUCAACAAAAUAAUCCGAAUGGCGUACGGGUCUCAGAUGGAAUAUCAGACCCUCGCACUGGAUGCACUCUCUCGGUGGAAAGAGUGGAACGAGGAGAUUAAAACUGGAAGCACCCGACCUCCAGGAUUUACAGCCGACGACGCUCUGUUCAUCAACAAUGGGAAUCUCACCAUGUUCUCCGAUAGUUCCCUGCCCGAAUUUGAGACGAGAACCAUGGAGAAUAUGGCCAAGGCUGGACUGGAAAGGUCCCAGAUCGUCCUGACCAAGCCAAUCGAUGUAGAUAGGGCAAAGACAAACGGCUUCGGUUUCGCUGUUGAUCCAUUUAAGCGAAAAGACAACUACGGGAUACUUGAUAUCCAAGGCGGGUUUGUGUACGCCGACAAGGCCUGUCGCUUUGCUCUCCACAAGGCAGAGGCACUGGGAGUCCAAUUCAUAUCUGGGCCUAAACGAGGUCUGUUCUCGGGUUUCGUCCGCGAUGGCGAAUCUCAUAUCAAGGGUGUCAGAACGGCAGAUGGCACAUCGCAUUCUGCGGAACUGACAAUCAUGGCUUGUGGAGGAUGGACCCCAUCCCUUGUCACUCAACUUGAUCAUCUCUGCGAAACCACGGCUGGAAGUGUCUGCAUAUUCCAACUGCCCCCGGGGUCGGCCUUGUGGGACCGCUUUGCACCGGAGAACUUUCCUACUUGGACGUACGAUAUUCGUCACGGAGCCAGCGGCGGCCUCUACGGAUUCGCCCGGGACACCAACGGAGCAGUGAAGAUAGGGUACCGGGGAACCAAAUUCACGAACCCCCAGACGCAAGCAGACGGUGUCUCCCGAAGUAUUCCCACCACACGGUGGACAGCAGAAUCGACUCGGCAGAUGCCGCUCUUAGCAGCGCGCACGAUUCGAAGCUUCGUUGAAAAGCAUAUGCCGGAGCUUCUCAGUUGUGAAACCAAGAACCGCCUGUGCUGGUACACCGAUUCAUUCGAUAAUCACUUUGUUGUUGACUUUGUCCCUGAUGUCGAUGGGUUGAUGGUUGCGACGGGAGGUAGUGGCCAUGGAUUCAAGUUCCUGCCGAAUCUUGGAAGCCACGUCGUUGACAGGAUCGAGGGAAGGCCGAGCGAUUAUUUGCAUCUUUGGAGGUGGAGGAGCCUUGGGCCUGAUCAAAGACCGUAUAACAGUAUCAUGGAGGGUGAAAGUAGUGCAAGGUCAUUGAAGCAUCAGGAUCUAACGGCAGAUGAUUGUCUGAUCAAACAGCAGGCUCGCAUUUAG